AUGGUUCAGAACAAGCCCCAGGCGCCUGGCGCUGUUACUCCCAAGGGAAACAUUGAGCUGUUCUCUGGCACUUACUUCGCCGCUUGCACAUUGGGUGGUAUCAUUGCUUGCGGACCUACCCACACAGCAGUCACCCCUCUGGAUCUCGUCAAAUGCCGUCGCCAAGUAGACAGCAAGCUCUACUCAUCCAACCUGCAAGCCUGGAGCACAAUCUUCCGUAAAGAGGGUCUUCGCGGCGUCUUCUUCGGAUGGUCUCCCACUUUCAUCGGUUACUCGUUCCAGGGCGCUGGCAAGUACGGUGCCUACGAGUUCUUCAAGUACACCUACGGCGAGAAGCUCUUCCCCAACACCAACAAGACUAUCGUCUACCUCGGUGCCUCUGCCACUGCCGAGGCCAUCGCUGAUCUGUUCCUGUGUCCAUUUGAGGCCCUCAAGGUCCGCAUGCAGACCACCCUGCCUCCUUUCGCCAACAACCUGCGCGAAGGCUGGAGCAAGGUCGUCGCUCAAGAAGGUUUCGGCGGUCUGUACAAGGGUCUGUACCCUCUCUGGGCCCGUCAAAUCCCUUACACCAUGGUCAAGUUCGCAACCUUUGAAUCCGCCGUCGCUCAAAUCUACAAGCAACUCGGCAAGCCCAAGGAGAGCUACGGCACUUUGGCCCAGACCGGAGUUUCUUUCCUCGGUGGUUACAUUGCUGGUAUUGGAUGCGCCGUCGUUUCUCACCCUGCCGAUGUCAUGGUCAGCAAGUUGAACAGCGACCGCAAGUCCGGCGAAGGUGCUGGCCAGGCAGUCAGCAGAAUCUACGGCCAAAUUGGCUUCAGAGGCCUAUGGUCUGGUGUCGGUCUGAGAAUUGUCAUGAUCGGUACUCUUACUGCCUUCCAGUGGUUGAUCUAUGAUUCUUUCAAGGUUUCUAUUGGUCUGCCUACUACUGGUGGUCACUAG